ACAUAACGCAAUUUAUUUACAAUGAGAAAGAUAGUGUAGUGGUUCGAAGACACGACAAUCAUUUAAACACUAUCUUCAACUCUCUCAUUCAUCGAGUGAAUUCAUUCGAGACCUUUUUCAAAAAAGGUGAAAUUUCCAUAAAUCACACACAAUAAAACAAUUCCAUAUAAAAAAGAAAGUGAACGUUUCUAGCAAAAAUCUCAAAUGAGAAAAGACUACCCUCCCAACGCAUUAAAAAUGAGAGCAAACAACAUGUAAAACCGCGUCCUCGACAGUGAAUUCUACCACUAUACAUACUCUGUCUUCAUGCCCCAUGUGACGGGUCUCACCUUUCUCCAACCUCCCCAUUUUCGCAAUAAAUACUUCCAAUCUCACUCUCUACUACACCUCCCUCUCAUGUGCUAUCUCCUCAACAAACUAUAAAACCAUUAACCUCUAAUUCCCUACUCUGCCGACCCUUUUUUCACUCUCCCCAUCCCAUCAUAUCACUCUACAUACAAUACAAUCCAUUCACACACAUCUACACAGUGUUGUUGUGUUUCAUUUCACAAAAUGGCUCCACUACUGUACUCCAAUAGCAAAAAACUCCUCCUAAUCUCUCUUCUUUUCUUCUUCCUUUUUCUUUCAAUCUUUUCCUUCACUACAUGCUCUCAACCUCAACUCAACCGAAAACACUCAUCAAAUAUCACUACAAGAACAUUGUUGGAGCUGGAAACUGAACAAGAACACCCCUUGAAAAAGAAACCUAGUUCCAAAAACCAAACCAAGUUAAUCAAACCAAUCAACAUCUCAAAAAACCAAACCAAAACAAUCAAAUCCAAUAACACAAACACCCCCUCCAAAAACCAAACGAAACCUACAACAAAACUCACCGACACUACUACAACUAACCUUAAAAAACUCAAUUCCACAAUCUUCAAAACCAAGAAACUAAAUUCCACAUCAAAAUCCACCACCACCACAAACUCCACAAAAUCACUGGAUCUCAUCAAAGCAAAAACGACAAAAUCCACCGUCACAAAAACAGAUCAACAAGAAUCAAAGAAACCAAACAAGAAACAAACACCACCGACUUGGUUCUUCGACGACGAAGACACCGAUUUCGUUUCAGACUUCAAAGAUCUCCCAAUGAGAUUCCAACAAACACUAAUCCCAGACCUCGAAAAAAUCUCAACAACCUCAAAAGCCUAUAUAACAAAAACCAACCAACAAAUCACAAAAAAUUUCAAACCUUACGUCGGAAACAAAUACGCACCAACCAUCGCAACUUUACUCUCUUGCACCUGCGUUUUACUCCCAUUACUCUUAGCCUCACUUCUCUUCAACAAAAUCAAAGCAUAUUUCUCUCUCCAAAAGCUCUUAAUUUUCAUUCAAGCUUAUUUAUCAAUCUACUUUUCCAUCCUCUGUUUCUCUUCUUUGAUCACUGGCCUCGAGCCGUUAAAGUUUUUUUACUCUACUUCGCAGUCCACCUAUCUUACCCUGCAGAUCAUUCAAACACUCGCUUACGUUUUCUACCUUCUGUUACUUCUCAUGUACCUCGUUUUGGUUUUCUCCACUGAAAAUGGUUUGGGCUCGAAGUUUAUGGGCUUGGCCCAAACGUUUGUGGGCUUUUCCGUUGGGCUUCAUUAUUACAUGACGGUGUUUCAUAAAGUGGUGUUACGGCAACCACCGAAGACUAAUUGGAAGGUUCACGGGAUUUAUGCCACGUGUUUUUUUGUGAUUGGUAUUCUUGCUACCGCGGAGAGAAGGAAGAAAACUUACUUGGAAGAAGGUGGAGAAGAAGGAAAGAAGAAUUAAUUAGUUAUACUUCAAUUUUUUUUACAAUGUUGUUAUUUUUUUUCUUUAUUAUUAAUUAUUAAAUUGGAUUAUCUAAAGUAAUAUACCAAUGUUGUUAAUGUGAUACGACGGAAUGUAAUGUGAUGCCGUAAGGCUUUGGGUUAUUACUUAGUCA